AGGUAAAUUUGUCAACAUAAAUUACUGUCGGAUUAAGUGAACAAAAUUUGUAAAGCAUAUAUUUCGUUAAAAUAUAGAUUUUUAGUAAUAAAAUUAUAUUAAUAUAUACGACAUGUCUGAAGAGGUAGAGGUAAAGUUGGAAAAAAUCGAGGAAAAAUCGAAUGUUGAAGCAGAGAGUGGGAAAUUACUUUUUAAAAAGAAACCACGGAAGAAUCUGCGACAAAGGAAGCCCUCGAAUUCUGAUGAGGAAGAUAAACCUGAAGAAGAUAUCGCUGUUCUGGAAGAAAUUAAGGAGCGUCAAAAGUUGCGCCAACGUCCCCAUGGGGUGAGUGUCAUAGGGCUGGCGUUAGGCAAGAAAUUGGCACCAGAAGAAGAAAUCACCAUAAAAGAUCCAUUUAAUGUAAAAACUGGCGGGCUAGUGAAUAUGCAGGCGCUAAAGUCUGGAAAACUGAAAGAACCAGAAGAUGCCUAUGACGUAGGCAUUGGAACACAAUUUUCAGCAGAAACAAAUAAACGUGAUGAAGACGAAGAAAUGAUGAAAUAUAUUGAACAGGAAUUGCAAAAAAGAAAAGGUUUAGCCAAAACAAAUGCUGAAAAUGAAGAAGGUGAUCCAAAUAAGUAUUUAACGCCGGAAGAAGCAGCCUUGCUCGCAUUACCCGAUCACCUGCGUCAUUCCUCCUCCAAUCGCUCCGAGGAAAUGUUGUCCAAUCAAAUGUUAAACGGUAUACCCGAAGUCGAUUUAGGCAUUGAAGCGAAAAUUAAAAAUAUUGAAGCGACUGAGGAAGCCAAACAAAAACUACUUCAGGAUCAAAAGAAUAAAAAAGAUGGUCCAUCACAGUUCGUGCCGACGAAUAUGGCUGUAAACUUUAUGCAACAUAAUAGAUUUAACAUAGAAGAUAGCGAACAGAAACGUCGCAAACGUGAUUAUAUUGCCCAAAAUACACAACAACAACAACAGCAAUCACAUCCUCAAGGCGGCGUAGUAAAUGGCGUCAAGCGUGCCACAGAUGAUUACCAUUAUGAUAAAUUUAAGAAACAAUUUCGCCGUUAUUAGAUAAGAUCACUUUAUAUUAGCAUUAAUUUUAGUAAAAAUAUUAAACAAUAAAUGCUCCUCAACUAAUAAAUGUGGCAACGCCUUUCAAGGAACAUAUACAAACAUA